AUGGCUACUUCUUUGAGUCGUGUCAAAAAGGAACAGCUGCGGAAGCGUCGAAAUAAUCUUUUGCGCCGCCACAAUGAAUUUUGGCUCCUAUACGCGAUUAAAAGCUGGCUCAUUAUGGAAAUGCCAGAUGGGCAGAUAUUCACAUAUCAUUCACAUCCUGAUAGGGCACCUCCAAGUCGUGCGAAAAUCGAGCAGCAAUCCAAACCAUCAGGACGAAAAACACCAUGCGAUUAUGAUGGCGUGGGGCAGAAACCGCAGCCAAUUGAACAAAAGACCUCCACGGCCGAGCCGCUGAUUCGUCAGGACAGUAUCUGGGAUCGACUGGCCUGGUACAUAAAGCAGAAUGAUACAUACUGCGCCACAAGGAACAAAUCGGGCCAGCGGAUCGUGCAUGCGAUCCUACAAGCUGCCACAGAGGUUCAAGCCGAGGGAGUUGCCCUCCGUCUCCAAUGGGUGCCAGGGCACUGCAACAACCCUGGAAACGACGUGGCGGAUCGACUAGCCAAAAACGCCGCGUGCCCAGGUAAAACCCACUCGUUCCGCCCGCUACUCUCGAGGGAGAAUGCACGCCUGCGCGUCAAUAUCCUCAGCCAGUGGGAGCAGGAAUGGAGAUCGUCCAGCAAAGGCAGUCACCUACGAAAUAUCGACAGCACUCUACCAGCAACCUACACGAGGACGCUAUAUGGGAACCUACCCAGAAACCGGGCGUACCUGUUAGCGCAGCUUCGUACUGGCCACAACUGGCUAUCUACUUACGCCAAGAAAUUUGGCUUCCGUGACGACGACCACUGCGCGUGCGGAGCACAAGAGACUGUCACUCAUGUACUAGUGGAUUGUCCACUUUUGAGGGAUAUUCGAAUGGAGUUACGGAGGGAAGUGGGGGACGCGUUCAGAAGCGUCUCGAGCCUGCUGGGAGGCUCAGCCGAAGGUAAGAAAGGUAAACCAGACACCGUCUCAAGGGCAAAAACGGUCAACGCCGUUUUAGACUUCGCCGAGGCGUCACAUCGGUUUUGGAGUCGCGCGCUACGAGGGCAGCCUAACAAUGGGAACGGCAGUUAG